GUCGAAAUCCAUCGAAAUCAGGAAAGGAGGGAGGUGUAGGGGCAGGGAGAGUGGCAGAGGAAAAGUGGUGAAGCAGGGGGCACUCCAGGGGAAUGUGUGUAUGUAGCAGCUGUGUGGUAGCUGUGAACUCAUCUGCAUGAAUCUGACACCCUCCCCAACAUCUCCACCCAAGAUCUGGCUGAUCCAUCCUAAUCCCUUCCUCCAACAUGGUUGUACAGUGUAGCAGUGGUGGAUGAAGUCGAAAUGGUGGUCCUGGGGGUGGCAGAUGGUGGCAGAUGGUGGCAGAAUGGAGAUCAGGCAAGAUCGGAAAAAUGCGCAGCAAGGGGAAGGCCAAUGAGGGGCAGGGGGAGAAGAAGAGGGUUUAAAGAUGGGUCAGAGCGGGGCUCAUAACCUGUUGAACACAGAAAACUCAGAUGGGAGCCGCAGGAGGCUAGGGGCACAGAUGGG